GUUCUGAAUCAUUAUCAUCAAAAUGGCGUUCCGAACGAAAACCCCGCCGACGCACUACCCCCGAUUCGCAUUCCACUUCCUGCGGCUGGCCCAGCUAAUCUCGUCGAUCAUCGUGGGGUCGAUAAUGUGCUAUUUCGUCUACCACCUCUCCAGAGACCGUUGGGGCAUUCCAUGGACGUUUAUCCUCUUACUAGCGGUCUCGUUCUUCACGGUGCUCGUCCUAGCGGGCACGAUGCUCUUGCACUGCUGCUUCGGACUAAAUCCGAAGCUGAACCUGGUCCUGAACUCCGGUCUCUUCGUGAUAUGGGUGGUUGGGUUCGCGCUGUUGUCGUGGUAUUCCUCGCAGACGCUGUUCCAUUAUUGCAAUAAGGAGAACUGGCAUGAGCAGGCGGGUGUCAUGGUGUGCAGGAUCUACAAAGCCCUCUUCACGUUCGCCUUGACCGGAUUUACAUCAACGCUGGCAGCCAUGUUGCUUGAUAUCCAUGUCUUCCGCCGAUCCAAUCGCCUUGGGAAAUAUAAUCCGAUGCAAGACCUCGAUAGAAAGCCCCUGCAACCGGGCGCGCUGCAUGGGGAGACGGUAUUCGAAACAUCAUCAUCGCCGCGCUCAUCACCCUCGAAUUCCCAUAACUCGGCGCAACACGAGGGGACGAAGAGUACUCUGCGUACUCCCUUCAGCGCCAAGAAGGCAGGGGCGGGCGAAAACAGCCUAGACUUGGGCGUAUAUCAAGUCCCCGAAGAGCAAUUCCAUUACGACACUGGGUAUCAGGGAGCAGGGCAUGGUUCUAACGGCCGGGGUUAAAUGUGUGUUUAUCGAAAAUCCACGAUAGGGACGUUAGAGUUCCAAAAUGUUUUUGUGAUCUGCUGUCGGUAUGCGGAGUCGAAUACCUCCCAGCACGGCGUUUCAGCUAGAGGAUCAUUAGGGCGACUGGGAGGAUUUGAAUUUAGCGUGAAUAUGUAUGUAUAUUGACGAAUAUCUGCUUUCGAAACAUUCCUCGAACAUCAAGAUCGCUAGGUUCACCACAAUCACCAUUCUAGUUGGCUCCUAAUGUGACAGUCUUGGGCUUCGCCCAGUCUGUGUGUUGUGGCCUUGCGGCCUAAGGCAGAAGGGAUAGGUAGACCGUUCGCCCACAGAUGUAAAUAGCAGAUCGCAGUAAGAGAGAUCUUUUCCUUUCUCUUUAGCAAUUCAUCAGCG